AUGGGAAUGUGGGAGGAAGCGAGUGACCCAGUGAUGGGGAAGAAGGAUAAAAAUGAGGAGCGGAAGGAGAGAAUCCUGAAUCUCACACUGGAGAUUAUCUAUCUGCUGACUGGAGAGGGCUACGUCAUCCCUAAGAAGAAGAGCCCAACUGUGGGUUUGGGGGCCCUGCAUGCCCCUGGCUCCGUCAUACAGAAGGAAAAUGACAAGAAGAUCCUGGAACUCAUCUCCAACAUCAUCCAGCUGCUGACUGGAGAGGUUGCCAUAAGGUGUGAGGAUGUUUCCAUCUAUUUUUCCUUGGAGGAGUGGGAGUAUAUAAAAGGAAACAAGGCCCUUUACAGGGAAGGGAUAAAGGAGGAGGAGGAGCCCCAGCAGCUCCGCCCACUGGGUGAGUAAUGGUUUCUAUACAGAAUGUUUUGUCUUUCAGAGACCUGGAAGAAUUUGAUGCCUAUUUAUACCCAGUUAAUUUUCCAUGGAACGGGCACAUAGCUAUUAUACAGAAUUUUAAAAAUAAUGUAUUAAUAUUAUUAUUAUUAUUAUUAUUAAUACACUUCCUCAUUAGCAUAACCUGGUGAUGUCAGUGAGUGACAGGCAAAACUGUGCAAUAGCAGCCCAAGUCCCUCCCCCGUGUCUCUCUGCUCCCGGCCUGUUUCUAAUACCAAUCAGAACGGGGUCUGACCACUUGAUUAUUCCUAUAUAUUGUUAUUGAAUAAUGGGGCGGUGCCUGUUUCUGUUAGAAAUAAAUCAGUUCUAGAGAGGGAUUAGUGGCCGGGGGAAUAA